AAAAUGAAGAUAAUAUAUAUUUUAAUGAAUAACUUGUCCCACUCUGCCCAUAGGGAUUGGUUUUCUGGUUUACUGCAUUCGGUAUUUGGUUUUGCACAUGCACAAUAAUUGAAUUUUUUAGUAUUUCCUAAGGAAGAGACUUGGACAGGGUUGUUUAUAAACUGUAAAUUGUAAAGGGUGCCAAACAAGCAGAGCUAAUCAUUGUUAUUCUGCAUAUAUACCAAUCGGAGAAGAACUAUAAGCUUGCAGGAUUUCUGGAGUAGUUAACAUGGAGCCACAGUGUGCAAUCAAGAAAGAUGCCACUGAAUUAAUAGGUAAUACCCCAAUGGUAUAUCUGAACAAUAUAGUGGAGGGGUGUGUAGCACGCAUCGCUGCUAAGUUAGAGUCCAUGCAACCGUGCUUCAGUAUCAAAGAUAGGACAGCAUUUAGCAUGAUUAAAGAUGCUGAGGAAAAAGGCCUCAUUACUCCGGGAAAGAGCGUUCUUGUUGAGGCUACAAGUGGGAACACGGGCAUUGGAAUGGCAUUCGUAGCAACGUUGAAGGGUUAUAAAGUGAUAGUGGCUAUGCCAGCUUCUGUAAGUCUCGAGAGAAAAAUAGUACUGCGAGCCUUUGGAGCUGAAGUGUAUCUAACGGAUCCUGCCAAAGGAACCGAUGCAGUUAUUAGGAAGGCCCAUGAGAUAGUAAAUAAGACGCCCGGGAGUUACAUGCUCAAGCAGAUUGAUAAUCCUGCCAAUCCAAAAAUUCAUUAUGAGACCACUGGCCCUGAGAUUUGGAGAGACUCGGGAGGGAAAGUUGAUGCUUUGGUUGCAGGGAUAGGAACUGGGGGUACCAUAACGGGUGCUGGCAGAUUCCUCAAGGAGAGAAACCCCCAUAUCAAGCUGUACGGCAUAGAACCAGUAGAAAGUGCAGUCUUGAGUGGAGGACCUCCAGGUGAUCACCUAAUUCAAGGCAUUGGUAAUGGUCUCAUUCCGAGCGUACUGGAUAUUAAUCUCCUAGAUGAAGUUAUUCAGAUAUCAAGUGAAGAAGCUAUAGAAACUGCUAAGCUGCUUGCUUUAAAAGAAGGUUUGUUGAUGGGAAUUUCAUCAGGAGCUGCAGCAGCAGCUGCCAUAAAAUUGGGGAAAAGACCAGAAAAUACUGGAAAACUCAUCGUUGUGAGUUUCUAAUCUUUGGCAAGUGGUAUUUCCCAGUUAUGGGGAGCGUUAUUUAUCUUCACCAUUGUUUGAAUCCAUUAGGCAUGAAGCUCAACAAAUGACAUUUGAUUAAUCUCAAUGUAAUUGUGCUCUACGAAUUUUAUAGUAUUUAUAGUUUUUGUUUACUGAUCCCCUGUUCAGGACGAUCGAUCCAUGUAUUUAACAUCAAUAAUUCAUAAGAAUUUUAUAGGAAAAGCCUCUGGUGAUCCCUUAUUCAGAACACUAAGA